UCCACUACUCAGAGAGAGAGAGAGAGAGAGAGACAGAGAACAGAGCCAGGCUUGUUGGCCAGUCACCACAGACGCUCGGGUCAGCUGUCUCUCCUGAUCGUUGGAUCUCAUGAUUUACUGAUGAAUGGAGAAAAGCAGGGCACGGGAAGCAGCGGACGGCUAAAAGAGCUUAAGGUCGGUUCCUGAGAAUGCUGAGGCCCCGGAGACCAUACGGCUGGACCAACCGGCACUGACGAAACAAGCUUGAAGGGGUUCUUCCUGAAUUCUCGACGUGGGAAGGUUUCUCAAGCAGCUACUGCUGGUGAACACAGAGAUGGCCAUGGUGAGCGGGGGAUGGGCCAACCCCAACGGCGGCGCUAAUGGACUCGGUGAGAAAGGUUACCUGCGGGGGGAGGAGGAGAGCAGCUCGCCCCGGGCGGGGAACAGCGACGCAGAAGGUGGCGAGGAGGACAAGGCCUGCGUGGUGGACUGCGUGGUGUGUGGCGACAAAUCCAGCGGCAAGCACUAUGGUGUGUUCACCUGCGAAGGGUGCAAGAGUUUCUUUAAGAGGAGCAUCAGACGGAACCUCAACUACACCUGCAGGUCAAACAGAGAGUGUCAGAUUGAUCAGCACCACCGUAACCAGUGUCAGUACUGCCGUCUGAAGAAGUGUUUCCGGGUCGGUAUGAGGAAAGAAGGUCAGCAAACCACAGUCCAGCGUGGUCGAAUCCCUCCCUCUCAUGCAGGCAUCAGUCCAGCCUCAAUGGUUGGUGCGGGUGGUGAUGUUGGAGGAGGUCAAGGCAUGGGUGCUGAAUUCUUCAACGGUCAGCCGGUGUCUGAACUCAUCUCUCAGCUGCUGAGAGCAGAGCCGUACCCCAACAGCCGCUACGGAGCCCAGUGCGGCCAGCAGCUCGCAGGAGGCAACAGCUCCGUCAUGGGCAUCGACAAUAUAUGUGAGCUGGCGGCCCGGCUGCUCUUCAGUACCAUCGAAUGGGUGCGGAAUAUUCCCUACUUUCCUGACCUGCCCGUGUCGGAGCAGGUGGCCCUUCUGAGGCUGAGCUGGAGUGAACUGUUCAUCUUGAAUGCAGCUCAGUCGGCUCUGCCGCUGCAUACGGCCCCUCUGCUGGCAGCUGCUGGUUUUCAUUCCUCCCCCAUGCCCGCUGACCGCGUCGUGUCCUUCAUGGACCAGGUGCGGGUCUUCCAGGACCAGGUGGACAAGCUGACACGACUGCAGGUGGAUUCGGCCGAAUACAGUUGUCUGAAAGCCAUCGCUCUGUUCUCACCAGACGCGUGUGGGCUGUCAGAUCCGGCGCACAUCGACAGCCUGCAGGAGAAAGCACAGGUGGCCCUGACCGAGUACGAGCGUAUACAGUAUCCAGGUCACCCACAGCGCUUCGGCCGACUCCUGCUGCGACUGCCCGCCCUGAGAGCCGUUCCCGCCAACCUCAUCUCUCAACUCUUCUUCAUGCGGCUGGUUGGCAAGACGCCCAUUGAGACGCUUAUCCGGGACAUGCAGCUCUCUGGAAGCUCCAUCAGCUGGCCAUACGUGCCUGGACAGUAGAUGAACAAUCAGAGACUUGUUCCCGUGUCCCAUCUCAGGCUGCUCCCAUGAUUCCACAGUAACCGUGUGGAUAGAUGUUGUGUUUCGGGUUUUGUUGAUUGUGUAUAUACUGUAUGUCUAAAAGAGGUUGACACGUAUGUUGCUAUGCAGUUUCAAUGAGCCAUCCAGCACCAAGAUACCUCAUGUUUCACAUCAUGAGCAUCAACAAAUUCUGUCGAGAACAUUUGACGAGAAACCGAGGACUGAUUAUGAAGAAGUUAGCUGAUAUAUGACAGAUCCAAAGCUUUAAAGAAGAGUGUACAAUACCUUCUUUUUCAGAACAUAGUGAACUAUUUUAAAGCUAGUGUAGAUGUACAGUAAGAAUCUUUGUAACAGACUGCAUUUGUGAGAAAAAUGUUGGGUUAUAUACUUGAAAAAUCAAUGGUGAACAAUGAAUGGCUAUGUUUAGAAUGGAAUACUUGCAUACUGCACACUACUGCUUUAUAUUGAAUAGUAUGUGAAACAGUAUGAAAUAUGCAAUAUUACAUACCCCAAACCGUACUAUGCUACAUUUUGAUCUCAUUAUAUUACAUGUUUAUCAUGUAAAUAUGGUACACUGCAUUAUGGGAUACAGUAUUCUGUGCAGUGUGCCUGGUUGUGUUCGGAGUACUUCCAGUUAUUACACACUAUGCACGGUGUACAUACUAUAUACCAAAAACAUUGAGUAGUAUGGUAGUGUGCUAUUCUGAACAUAGACCAUGCCUUCGAUUGUCCUAUUUAAACAGUUCUGGUGAAUUUUUCAAUGGUGUGGAGAAAUGGUAUAAACUUUUACAUUGCCGACUGUGGGAAAUAUCAAGUAUUUUUGCAUACUAAAAAUUAAAAUGAAUGAUAAACAAACAAGCAAGCUAUUAUGUAAGAAGAUUGUUAAUGAAAAAAAAAAAAACACUUGCAUUUUCAGCAGUGUUAGUCAAAUAAAUAACCUGCAAACAAGAAAAAAGGAUAUUUGUUCCAACUUUUUUCGUAUGAAGUUUAUGACUUGUAUUUCGAAGAUGAAU